CACCAAUAGGGGGGGUUUAUGAGUAGCUUCUGGCAAACCUUUGAACUCCGCACCCGAUCGUGAAAGUGAAACUAAACUCUCUAUGAAGAAGUCUAUGUGUUUUCAAAGCAUGCGUGUAUUUUAAUUUCCUUUGUUUGCAUUUAUCUUCGUGUAAUCUGGGAGCAGGCUUCUGAAGGAGAGUGAAAAAGAAAAGGCAUGCAGAGAGCAGUGGACUUUCUGUUUCUGUUAAGCUGCGCUUGGUCUAGGGGUGCAGCCCCCACCCCCCCAGCCCAGGGCAGCACCCCUUCUGUCUCCCUGCUUGAAGCCCCGGCCGGGGGGAGUCUCAGUCUGCUGUGUGUGUCGGAGGGCUGGUACCCCCCUCCAGAGCUGCUGUGGACUGAUGAGACGGGCGCAGACUGGAGAGCACACUUCACUACCAAUGAGGAGCAGGACAGCACAGGAUUGGUCACUGUGCGCAGCCAGAUACACCUCCCCCGGCAACAGGGACACGCCCCCCGGCAACAGAACACCAUGAUGUGUGUGGUGAGAUCCAAGGAUGGGGCCACAGAGUUGAAGACCGUGAUGAACAUCGCUGAAGACUGUGACAUCUCUAUGCAAAGGCCUGUCAUUGCAAGCUCCAUACUGGCUGCUGUAAUCUGCAUUGCUGUUCUGUGGUACUUUACAAGGAAGCUAACAAAAGACAAUUCAAAAGAGGGACUGGAAAAUAAGAUCAAAAUGCUGGAGGAAGAUUUUAAAGACCUUCGGAAGAAUACCAACGCAUGUGGCUAUGCCCUUGGCAGAGAAUGGAAAAAAAUGACUGAAGCUCGUGUCAAUGUGACUCUAGACCCCGACACAGCCAGCCCCAGCCUCAGAGUCUCUGAAGACUCACAAGUGAGAUUCACAGGGGAGAGAUCAGCAGAGUGGCCCAGUGUGCUGGGCAGGGAGGGGUUCACCUCAGGGAAGCACUACUGGGAGGUGGAGGUGGGGGAGAAGGGCUACUGGGUCCUGGGAGUCUCCACACACACUCAUGAGAAGAGCAUACCUGAGAAACCAGGGGAGGGCUACUGGCUUGUGAGGCUGGUUAGAGGGAAGACCUGUACAGCUGUGAGCCAGUCAGGGGAUCAGAUCUUAAAACUGGAGAAGAUCUGCAAGGUGUGGGGGGUGUAUCUGGAUCACGAGGGAGGGAGGCUGUCGUUUUGCAAUGCAGAGACCAGAUUUCACAUCCAUACUUUAGAAGGCCCAUUCACUGGGCAGGUCUACCCCAUUUUCAGUCCCGGAUCACAUGAUAAAGGACCUUUGAUAAUCCAGUGCGUCCAGCACACAGCAGCCAACUUUAUAUAGACACCACUGUGUUUGGUAGCUGCUGUAGUUCUGUCCAGGGUUUUAUAUUAGUGUUAUACAGUGUGGUCCUGCCAGCAUUGCCCUCUGUAUCAGUGUGAGACCCUGUUAAGCUACAGCAACUAUAUUAUGAUAAUGAAUGUGAGUGACAAGCGUAUAUCUUUCAUUGUCUGGAUUUAAGGAAUGUGCUCAUGUAGUUUGAUUUUUUUAUUAUUUUAUUUUUUAUUAACUAUUGAUACAAAUUAAAAAAAAACAUAUUGUGGGAUUUAUAUCAGUAUUAUUAGUAGUUAAAUACAAAUAUAAUAAAAAAAAACGAUUUGCUAAUAAA